AUUUCAAAAAGACAUGCUGGCUGUGUUGCCAAGAUCAACCCUGCUGCCCCACUUGACAAAGUUUGUGUUGUCAGUUGCGGAUUUUGCACAGGUUUUGGUGCUACUGUAAAUGUUGCAAAACCAAAGCCUAAUGAUACUGUUGCUGUCUUUGGUUUGGGAGCUGUUGGUCUUUCUGCCUGUGAAGGAGCAAGGGUUUCUGGUGCAUCGAGAAUCAUUGGGGUUGAUUUACUCUCCAGUCGGUUUGAACAAGCCAAAAAAUUUGGGGUCACUGACUUUGUGAACCCCAAAGAGCACAACAAACCAGUUCAACAGGUAAUUGCUGAAAUGACUGGUGGAGGAGUCGAUCGUGCUGUUGAAUGCACUGGAAGCAUCCAAGCCUCGAUCUCAGCAUUUGAAUGCACUCAUGAUGGUUGGGGUGUUGCUGUACUUGUUAGUGUUCCACACAAGGAUGCUGAAUUCAAAACUCAUCCGAUGAAGUUCAUGGAAGGAAGAACUCUGAAGGGUACCUUCUAUGGCCACUUCAAACCCCGCACUGAUAUUCCUGGUGUUGUGGAGAAGUACCUGAACAAGGAGCUGGAACUGGAGAAACUUAUCACUCACAGUGUGCCAUUCUCAGAGAUCAACACGGCAUUUGACCUUAUGCUGAAAGGGGAGGGAAUAAGGUGUUUGAUCCGCAUGGAAGAGUGAAUGAGUUAUGUUCUCUGGUGUGAGAACAGUGUUUGUCUGUGAUGUGAAAAAAGAGAGUUGAAGAAUAAAUUUAGCACGUAAUUCUGUUCUUGAAUCUGUGCUAUGUGAGUGUGUAAAGUGGUAAUUGGAGGUGAUGACUUUCUUGGUCAUCUUCCUGCCUCUGUUACUUCUUAUGCGAAUGGUGUGUCUUGUAACUUUGUUCUGUUUUCUAUUAUAUAUUUAUAUCUAUAUUUUCA